UUGGUGUUGGACGGGGUUCAACCUGGUACAGAAGACUCAGAGAGGAGGACGGAGCCAUAGCAGAGCCAGGGUGGGUUAGAACGCACCUUUUUGUAAGGAUCAUGCAAAGACUGAAAACUUUAGAGAUUUUUAAACAUUUGUGUUUGUGAUAUUUAGCAGAUUUUGUUCGUUCAAAUCUUUAGUUCUUGUGAUUUUAUCAUUGCUCAUUCAUGUGCUGAGAUGACUACAGGAUGAACUUUUUAGAGCUGAAAGCUUUCCUGCAGAUGUCCCCCCUGUACCUCCCUGACUCCUCGUGGAUGCUAAUGCUCAGCCUGCUGCUCCUCUGCAUCCCUGCAGCACACACAGGAAAGUGUCCAGAGCCAUGUGUGUGUGACCAGAUCCAGCUCACCGUGGCCUGUGUGAACAAGAACCUGACCCAAGUUCCUGCUACUGCAGAUGAGAUUACACUUAAGUUGGAUCUUCGAGGUAAUAACCUCCAGGAACUCCUCGCUGGAGCUUUUAAACACACCCCCUACUUGACUCACCUGUCGCUGCAGAGGUGUGACAUCCGCAGAGUAAAGGAGGGUGCUUUCCGAGGCCUUGGUCGUUUGGUCUUCCUCAACCUCGCCAACAAUAACAUAGAAGUCCUCUACCAGGAGUCAUUUGAUGGUCUGUCCUCACUGAAGCAGCUCCUGAUUGAUCGUAACCGCGUGGAAGAGAUCCAGCCUGGAGCUUUCUCCCAGCUGGGCUUUCUCAACCUCCUCUCCAUCACUCACAACCAGCUGGUCUACAUCCCCAACAUGGCCUUCCAGGGGUUGCAGAACAUCAAGUGGCUUCGCCUGAGCCACAACUCACUAAAUUACUUGGACACAGAGGCAUUUGCUGGUUUGUUCACACUAAACCGGCUCAGUCUGGACCACAACGAGCUGCAGUUUUUCCCCACAGAAACCAUGAUGAGACUGCCAGAGGUGACUCGUCUUGAUCUGAGCUACAACCCCAUGACAUACCUGGGAGAGGAAGUGGUUUCUAUGGCCAAGCUGACCCACCUUUUCCUGGACCACAUGUCCCUGCAGGACCUGUCCAACACAGCUGUAUCUAAAUCCCCCAACCUCGUGCACCUGGACAUCAGCCAUAACCAGCUACGUGUCAUCCAGCCCUUUUCUCAGGGCUCACCCAAGCUGGCACGCCUCAUUCUAGCUGGAAAUCCCAUCAGCUGCAACUGCUACCUGCGUUCACUCAGGGAGUGGGCAAUCCGUCGUAGAGUGAAGCUGAUGGGAACAUGUGGUGGACCGGCCCAUCUCUCAGGAGAGAAUCUGGAGGCUGUUUACCCUGCAGAGCUGCGCUGCCAGAGCCAGGAGGCCAUGCUGAAGGCAGAAUUGGAAGAAGCAGCCAGGGUGACUCCUCCACCAACUGAAGAGCCAGGAAAUAAGGUCAAAUGUCCUUCCAGCUGUGUCUGUGAGGCAAAUACACACCACUCCUCAUGUGAGAAUCGUGGCCACAUCAAAGUGCCUCGAGGUUUCUCCCCUGUUACGCGCCUCUUGGACCUUCGUGGAAACCACUUCCAUUACAUUCCUAGCAACAGCUUCCCUGGUUUGUCCCAGGUGGUGUCCCUGCACCUGCAGCGCUGCAAGAUCGUGGAGGUGGAGGAAGGAGCUUUCAGCGGCAUGAAAGGACUGAUCUACCUGUACUUGUCUGAGAAUGAACUCACUUCUCUCAGCCCUGAUGCCUUUAAAGGUCUACCUCAGCUGACUUAUCUCCACCUGGAGAAGAAUCGCUUUGUUGAUUUCCCCAAAGGAGCCUUUAGAUUAGUGCCCGGUUUACUGGCUCUACACUUGGAGAAUAACGCCAUUACCAAGCUGGAGCCUGGCAUCCUGACUGGGGCAGAGGGUCUAAGAGCUCUUUACCUCACCAGAAACAACAUCCAGCACAUAUCACCCAGGGCUCUGGAUCAGGCCAGGGAUCUUGAUGCACUCCACCUGGGGGGAAACAAGCUAAAGGAGGUGCCCACUGAAGCACUGGAAAGGGCAGGGAACAUCAGGGACCUCCGGCUGUCUGGUAAUCCAGUUCUCUGGGUGGGGCCGAAUGCUUUCAGACCUCUGGAGAGAUCCCUGAAGGAGCUAUAUCUGGAUAACAUGGGCCUGGAGAAAAUGUCCAAAGAUGCCCUGGCAGGUGUCGGUCCAGAGUUGAGGAGUCUGUUCCUGGAGGGUAACAAGCUGGAGGAGAUGCCUGACUUCCGCCCUCUCUCCUCCCUGGAAGUCAUCAACCUGGCUGACAACCCUCUGAUGUGUGACUGCCCCCUGCUGCCACUACGCCUGUGGAUUGAGAAAAUCAACCUUAAGGUGAGAGCGACUUGUGCCAAUCCUCCUGAGCUAAAGGGUCAAAGGGUGAAGGAUGUCCACGUGUUCAAGGCCUGCCCUGGAGGGGAGAGUCUCCCACCCCCACCCACCAGCACCUCAAAGCCAGCCAAGCCCAAACCAGUACACCCCACUGGCCUUCGGCAGGUCAAAACACUCAAAGCAAAAUCCAAACCGCACAAAAGUCGAAACAAGAACAAAAAUGAUAAGAAAUGGAGCAGAACAUAAAGUGAAUCUGUCUUGAGCCAAGAAUCUCUACAAACGUUCAUGCGGUACACUGGCCCACGAACAUAGACUGGGAUGACAUUGUUGGUGCCAUUUGUUGAAGAAAGAGUAACCCACAAUGGUUGUUAAAAUAACUUCAAACAGUCAAAGGUAAUAAUACUUAAAGACUUGAUGAAACAAAUCUAGUGAAAUUCAGGCUUUGCUUUUGAAGUGUGGUUCAACAGGAUAAUUAGUACUAAUGAAUAAAAUUUUCUGAAAUGAUGGAACUUGUCCCUUAAUGUUUUAUAUUUAAAUCUUUUAACACAAUCACUGGAAUCAUAAUAUUUGCGGAGGAAACUUCUGCACCUGUCAAAGAUAUGAAUGGUCACUCUUCAUGAGCAAACUGCUCAGGCUUUCUCAGGGUGGGGCUUCAGGGGGCUACAGGGUGAACCAUUCAUGUGGCCUAGUCCACCACAGACAGACCAGAUUAGGGCUAAUACCAUGGUGAUUUUCGUAGUCCCUACACCCCCAGCAGGUCCCUGAGGUCCAGUGAUCAAAGCCUACUGGUUGUGCAGAGCACCAGGCUAAAGACCAAAGGCGAUCAUUGGCUGCGGUGGUCUCCAGACUCUGGAACUCUCUCCCCCUGAGCCUGAGAUCAGUGGACUCAGUGGUCUCCUUUAAAAGCAUCUGAAAACUCACCUUUUCAAGAUGGGUUUUGUAUGACCUUCGUCACCACUCUCUCCUUAUUCUGCUCUUUUUACCAAUUCUGUCUUUCCCAAGAUCCACUGAUUACCUUUAUUAAAAUAAACUUUGUUUUUCAUUUUCCUCACAUUUUUUAAAAUCACAAUUUUCACUUUUCCCAUUUUAAAAAUAUUUAAAAAUUACUUUUUAUCUUGAAAUAUUUUUUUAAUGAAGCACCUUGUAAUCGUUAUCUUGAAAGAUGCUAUAUAAAAGAUAAUUGCUUCUGCUAGGCUGAGAAAGUGUGGGAAAUAAAUAUUUUUAAUUACGUUUAUUGUAUAUUUUAUAAUAACUGAUGUCAUAAUGGUUUAUUUAUAUCUCCUAUAUAAGUUUUUUGUAUUGUUAGAAUCUACACUACUAUUGUCAGUAACUAUUUCAGUUGCAGUUUUAUUUUUAUAAAUGUGUAAUUAUUGACAUUCAAACUAAUUUUUUAAAUUAGACUAUAAGGAAACAUUUCCGAGUUUGUUUUUCAUUCAUUCAUUCAUUUGAAUAUGGUGGACAAAUGGACCUAGAAUGUGUGUAAACUCAUGUCAUGAAAUUGUAUUUAUAUCAUCUUUUUUCCUUGUUUGUUUUGCUUUACCUUUUUGUUUACCAUGAUUUUACCCUGUAACAUCUAGCAUUUUCUGCAAUAAAAAAGAAAGAAGGUUAAAGCUGA